GCUGCCGGAAGCGCGCGGAGCAUGGCGACACGGGCCAAGCGCGCGCGGCGGAGUGGAGGCCGGCAGGCUGGGGCGCCGGCGGGUUCCCUCGGCCCCUGCGUCGCUCUCCGGCGUCCUUCCACCGCCGUCGAGGCCCCGCGCGCGUCCUCCCAGGUGGCGCGGGGCGCGGGCGGCAGCGAGCACGACCCGGAUCCCGUAGCCGGCUUCCUGAGCUGGUGCGGACGGGUGGGGCUGCAGCUGAGUCCCAAGGUGGCGGUGAGCAGGCAAGGCACGGUGGCCGGCUACGGAAUGGUGGCCCGGGAAAGCGUGCAGCCGGGGGAGUUGCUGUUCGCGGUGCCUCGGGCCGCGCUCUUGUCGCCGCAGACCUGCUCGAUCGGCGGCCUUCUGGAGCAAGAGCAAGACGCGCUGCAGAGCCAGUCGGGUUGGGUGCCGCUGUUGCUGGCGCUGCUCCACGAACUGCAGGCCCCAGCCUCACGUUGGAGCCCCUAUUUUGCUCUCUGGCCGGAGCUGGGCCGUCUGGAGCACCCAAUGUUCUGGCCUGAGGAGGAGCGGCGGCGCCUGCUGCAGGGUACCGGUGUCCCUGAGGCUGUGGACAAGGACCUGGCGAACAUCCGCAGCGAGUACUACGCCAUCGUGCUGCCCUUCAUGGAGGCCCAUCCAGAUCUGUUCGGUCCCAGUGUCCGCUCCCUGGAACUCUAUCGCCAGCUAGUGGCCCUUGUGAUGGCCUAUAGUUUUCAGGAACCCCUGGAGGAAGAGGAAGAGGAAAAGGAACCAAACUCCCCAUUGAUGGUGCCUGGCGCUGACAUACUAAACCACUUAGCCAAUCACAAUGCCAAUCUAGAGUACUCUGCAGAUUACCUUAGGAUGGUGGCCACUCGAUCCAUUCCCAAAGGCCAUGAGAUUUUCAACACUUACGGGCAGAUGGCUAAUUGGCAGCUGAUUCACAUGUACGGUUUUGUUGAGCCAUAUCCUGACAACACAGAUGACACAGCUGACAUUCAGAUGGUGACUGUUCGUGAAGCAGCCUUACAGGGAGUGAAGGGGGAAGCUGAAAGGCUCCUCUUAUUGGAACGCUGGGAUUUCUUAUGCAAACUGGAGAUGGUAGGGGAAGAGGGUGCGUUUGUGAUUGGGCGUGAGAUGGUGCUGACUGAAGAAGAGCUGACCACCACACUCAAGGUACUGUGUAUGCCUGCUGAGCAGUUCAGAGCCCUUAAGGACCAGGAUGGAUGGGGACAGAAUGAAAGGGAAGAGGACAACAUGACAAUCGCCAGUAUCCCCAAACUCAAAGCAUCGUGGAAACAGCUGCUUCGAGACAGUGUUCUGUUGACCCUGCAGACCUAUGCCACAGACUUAAAAACUGAGCAAGACAUCCUCAGUAACAAGGUGGCCUAUGCCAAACUCAGCUGGAGGGAGCAGCAGGCUCUACAAGUUCGCUAUGGGCAGAAGAUGAUCUUACAUCAGUUGCUGGUGCUGACAAGUUAGCUCCUGCUGCCUGAAGGUAAAGCAAUAAGACUAUUACUAGCUGUUAAAAGGGAAAGUAACAGUGACAUUAAUUUGAAAGUAAGGGUGACAUGUUUAAGGAUGGUCAGCAGACUUGGGCAUCAUAGCUGUUACUUAAGAUGACCUGGGGUAGGGCAGAGACAAGUCUCACUACCUGUGAUCAGCUUAUCUUUGCCACAUCCUCAAGGUGCUGGGGCUCUGGGCAUUAUCAUGGCCAGCUAGCUACAACAGAAGUCAGCAAAGAUGGUAUUAACAGCCUAAGAGAGCAUGGGACUUUGGAGGAAGACAUCUACUGUGGAACACUCACUCUACCUUUUUUUGAAGCCCCCAUUUCCUGGAGAGGACUUAAAGCUAUAUAAUCAGCACUGGAUUGGAUCACUGGUUGCUGUACCUAUAGCUUCUGCUGACUUAGCAGUCUGAGGUCUGUGCUAGGUGGUACAGCUUGCCCUUCAAGAAGAAACCCAAAGACAUUAAAAGUUCACUGGCAACAAACUUUAAUCCUGAAACUGUCUUCCUUCUAGCCAUAAAACUUGGUGACUAUUAAAGGUAAUGGUAAACACAACAUUAUUAGUGCCAGGAAUCAAACUCAGGGCCUCCCACUUGCCAGGUAGGCGUUGUGCUGCUGAGCUACAUCCCUACUCAGAGAUCUAGUUUUAGUAUCUAUUUAAAAGAAAACAGAGGGCUGGCGAGAUGGCUCAGUGGUCUAAAGCACCUACUUAGAACAAGCU